GGCAUUACCUCCUCACUGAAAACAAAUAUGAAAUGUGGAAGCAGCCUCUGCACGCUGAAUGUCGGUGGCCGCAGGUUCUCCUACACUGCGGAGUUGAUGAGGCGCCUCCCCCUUAGCAGACUCAGUCGCCUGCUUCGCUGUGUGUCAGAGAGCGAGCUUCUCGAGCUCUGCGAUGACUAUGACAGUGACAGCAAUGAGUUCUUCUUUGACCGCCACUCAGAGGCCUUCAGCUUCAUUAUGCUGUACGUGCAGCAUGGGAAACUGCGCUUUGUGCCGCACAUGUGUGAGCUUUCCUUCUACAAUGAGAUGCUGUACUGGGGCCUGGAGAGCUCUGACCUGCAACUGUGCUGUCAACGCCGCCUUGACGACCGCAUGUCUGACGCCCUCGUACACUUCUUCCCAGAGGAGGAGCUACCACGGGGUGCUGACAUUCUGGAGAGUCCUUGGCUGGAGAGGAUGAGGAGGACAUUUGAGGAGCCCACAUCCUCGCUGGCUGCACAGCUCCUCGCCUCGGUGUCCAUGCUGUUUGUCGUCAUCUCCAUGGUGAUGCUGUGUGCCAGCACCUUACCUGAUUGGACUGCCCUGGAACAGCAAAGGAUCAUCGAGGCGGUGUGUAUCGGUUGGUUCACAGCUGAAUGUAUCAUCCGUUUCCUCGUGUCACGUGAUAAGUGGGAUUUCAUCCAGCGACCUCUGAACAUAAUCGACCUUUUGGCCAUUCUGCCAUACUACAUCUCUGUUGCCAUGACAAGUCUGACAGGUGAGAACUCGCAACUGCAGAGAGCUGGUGUGACACUGCGGGUCCUGCGCAUGAUGCGGAUCUUCUGGGUUAUCAAGCUGGCACGUCACUUCCUGGGCCUGCAGACUCUUGGCCUGACACUGCGGCGCUGCUACCGUGAGAUGGUGAUGCUCCUGGUCUUCAUUUGUGUUGCUAUGGCAAUCUUCAGUGCACUGGCCCAGUUGCUGGAGCAUGGCCUUGACCUGGAGGCUGGAAACCAUGACUAUGCCAGCAUCCCCGCCGCCUGCUGGUGGGUCAUUAUCUCCAUGACCACAGUGGGAUAUGGAGACAUGUACCCGAUGACAGUGGCAGGCCGUGUACUCGGAGGCCUCUGCGUGGUGAGUGGCAUUGUCCUGCUGGCACUGCCCAUCACCUUCAUCUAUCACAGCUUCGUACAGUGCUACCAUGAGCUGAAGAUGCGCUCAGCUCGCUGCGGCCGCAGCCUUUCGGGGGAAUUUGUCAACUGACCACUGAGCUGCUGCUGAGAAGGGGUGCCGCAGCCAGCUUCAUCAACCACAGCAACUAUGGAGGUGAUGUCUUGUGGAGUUUAUCUGAUAAUAGGAGGGAUACAAUUGGUCACACCAACCAGGAGGAAACACUGCCCAGACUUGCACAUUAGAAGAUCCUGUUCACAAAGUAGCUGUGCCUCAGGAGGAAGAGCUGGUCAACUACUAGUGGUGGGCUUCUCCAACCUACAUCUCAAAAUAUCCUUGGACAAGAAACUGAACCCCAAGUUUUCCCCAGUGCAUCCAUCAGAGUGAGUGUGUGCACUGAAUGUCUGUGAUUGGGUGAAUGAGGCAUGUAGUAAAAAGUACCCUAACCAUUUGAGUACUCAGAAAGAAAAACACUAAGUACCCUAACCCUCUGUGUACCAUUGUCAAAGUCCAAACAGAACUGCUGCCAGUUUAGAAGACAUUUAAAAUAAGAUAUUUAAUUAAGCUUCAUGUAACGUUAGUUUGAUAGUUUUGUAUUAAUUCUCUUCUUGCCUCUCUGGACUGAACUUUGUCAUACAGACAAUGUCCUGAGGCAGUCAGGGUCAGUAUUUGACUUUUGACCCUUGAGUUUUCCAGUAAAAUCAGCGAUUAAUGAACGUGCAAGGCCAUGAUGAUGAAGGUUUUUAAUGAUAUUCUUUUAGCUACAGACUCUGGGGAUUAUUUUAUCCUAGUUUUACUAGAUUUAACAGCGGCCUUUGAUACAGUGGAUCACAGUAUUUUAAUUUCUUGUAGAGAAUUGGCUGGGGUCCUACCUGACUGAGAGAAUAUUCUAUGUUAGUCUUGAUAGUUUUAAGUCUUCAUGUUCUCCUCUGUUAUGUGGGAUACCCCAGGGUUCCGUCCUUGGACCACUGCUAUUUUCAUUGUAUCUUCUUUCCUUGGUUUCCAUUUUUAGAAAGCACAAAUGUGCUUUAAAUUUUUAUGCUGAUGACAGUCUGGUGUAUGUCCCCUUAAAACAAGAAAACUCGUGUUCUACAAAAUCUUUGAUUAAGUGCCUAGAUGAAGUUGAAACCUGGAUGGCACUAAACUUUCUUCAUUUUAAUAACAAGAAGACAGAGGUUUUGAAUGCUGGUCCUGGUACUACUGGUGGGUCCUUUCCUGUAGAUCUGGGGCCUCUAACACAAUAUAUAAAACCUAUUCUUUCUAACCUGGGUGUCAGAAUGGGCAGUGUCUUUAAACUAGAUAAGCAGAUCAGUGCAGUGGUGAAAUCCAACUUUUUAAAACUUAGACAACUGGCUAAGGUCAAACAGAUCCUUUCAAAACAGGACUUUGAAACUAUAAUCCAUGCACUCACAACUGGAUUACUGUGACUCUCUUUAUUAUUGGGUUUCCCAGUCAUCCCCGUCCCCUCUUCAGCUGGUGCAAAAUGCAGCUGCUCAGAUUUUGACUGGUACAUGGAAGAGAGAUCAUAUUUCUCCUGUUUUGGCCUCACUGCACUGGCUCCCUAUUCAUUUUAGAGUGCAUUUUAAAAUUCUUUUAUUUGCUUUAAAGUCAUUAAAUGGUCUUGCCCCCCUUACCUCUCUGAGCUCCUACAUGUGCACUCACCCUCCCAGUCGCUCAGGUCAGCUGAUCAGCUGCUCCUGGAUGUGCCGAGGACACAACAAAAGCUCAGAGGGGACAGAGCUUUUGCUGUGGCAGCACCUAGGCUGUGGAAUUCACUCCCACUGCAUCUUAGACAGGGUUCGUCCAUUUUUAAGUCACUUCUUAAAACCCACCUUUUUCAUGGGUAACAGUCUGAGAGUUGACUUUUAUUGGCUUUUACUCAUUUGUUUUUAGCUUAUCAAUUUUAAUUAUGUUUAAAUUUUUUAAUGCUUUGUAUUUUAUUGUGUUUUUAAUGUUAAGCACUUUGGUCAGUACCCACUGUUUCUAAAGUGCUAUAUACUGUAAAUAAAGUUGGCUUGGCUUGACUUUUAAAUGGUGGCGAGAUUAACUCAAACCCUGUGCUGCUCCCUCAGGUCAGGCAUGUCCUACAGUGACCCCCUCAGGUCAGACCUCAGGCCAUCUGGGGUUAACCCAGCAAUCUGUGGUGCAAUUGGACCCAUCCUUUGUUUCCAUGGUGAUAGUAGAGACAGUAAGCUGAAGUGUUGGAAGCAUUUUGAUUGAAUGUGAGGAUGGAGGAGCAGCUGGAGUGUGAAGUAUCUCGCUACUUCUUCUGUGUGAAGUAUUGUAGGGUUUGAACCAAAGCACAAUUACACAGACUACCCCUUUAACCUUUAACUUUUUAACUGAGGUUCCCCUCUUUUUCUCAUACUGACAUGUUGCUAUAGCCUGAAACACUUCAUUCAAAGUCUUCAUUUAAGGAUCAACUCGUGUUUAUGAAUGCUCACCCCUGUUACCUGCUUGAAAUCAGGUUUCCAGCUGUUUUGAUGUCAAAUGUCUUUGCUGAUGUUUAACCUGUGAGGAGCUUAAAGAAGAAAA